AUUUUGACAAAGCUUGGCGCCAUAUUGGGUAGUUGUGCAGCUUGUGGCGUGUGGUGUGAAAAAUGUCUGAUAAUCAGGAACAGAAGCCUGACGCCGGUCCAGGGGACACAAAUUCAGAAUACAUCAAGUUGAAGGUAGUUGGAAAUGAUUCAAACGAAAUCCACUUCAGAGUUAAGAUGACCACCCAGAUGGGGAAACUGAAAAAGUCAUACAGUGAACGUGUGGGCGUUCCUGUCACGUCACUUAGGUUUUUAUUUGAUGGGCGACGAAUAAAUGAUGAUGAAACACCUAAACAGCUGGAGAUGGAGAAUGAUGAUGUAAUUGAGGUGUACCAAGAGCAGACAGGAGGCUUUUGAAUGAUGUUGCAUAAAAUGAAAGUGGAAAUGUAUUUGGGCCUGAAACACAAUGGGGCCGAUUUUAUAUUUGGCAGGUUUAAAACAUCAGAGAGACUAUGCUAGACACUGUGGACUUGCCCCCCCCCCAAGUUUGAACCAGUGCCAGUCAAGCGUCGCUGUUCACAUUCCUUGUCAUUUAACUGUGUACAUUUUUUUUCUCAUCAUGGAAGUAUGGUAUAUGGAUUGUCAAGUAUUCUCUGCGACACAAAAUCACACAUUUUCUUGGAAGUUAAUAUAGAAGAAAAUGCAAGUUACAAUACCCCAAUACUUGGAAAUAUAACUUGUUUUUGUUGAAAAAUUACGGAAAUAUCAGCCUCAGACAUGCUUCAGAUUCUUUGUCCUUAGUUUCACACUAUGCAGUCUUUGUGGAAAAUAUGUGAUUUUUUUUAUGUUAAUUUCUGUUCUGUGUUUUAAUCAUCUGGUACACCUGGGGGGGGAAGAGGAUAUCAUAACUGUAAUUUACCAAAUAGACACUUAUAUUUAGUUAAGAAAGUUUUGUGAGUUUCAAAGAAAGGAGUUCUCAUUUCAAAAACCAGUGGACGUUAGAUUUAAGUGGUACUUAUAUAAGCUUGCAACUGUAGGCAGCUUGCAUUCAGUGGCAGGCUCGCAUCACUGAAAAAAAUAUUUGGUUCUCUCUGCCAAAAGAUUCAGCAUGUUUUUUUUUUCAGUUAGUACUAUUCUGUUUUAAAUAAAACAUGUUUAACCUUCAUAAUGUACACUUCUUUAAUAGGUAGAUCUGAGGAUAGGAAUUGUUUGUAAUGUGACAUUUUGUAUUAAAACAAUUUAAGUUCAUGA